UCCAUUCCUAGACAUCUCUCCUCUCUCUCUCUCUCUCUCUCUCUCUCUCUCUCUCUCUCUCGAUGUCUCUCCUCUCCAUUCUCUCUCUACUUCUACUAACAUCCGCCGUUGCCGGCGCCGGCGCCGCCUCCAUUACUCUCCCUCUCUCACCGCUCUCAGCCCUAAACCAUGCAGACCCAUUUCAGAACCUUAAAUUCCUAGCAACUCUAUCAACAACCCGAGCCCGACACCUAAAACGACCCGGAAAAAACUCCACAUUUUCUCCAUCCUCUUCCGGUAAUACCGACAUCCCUCUCUUACCACAAAGCUAUGGCGGCUACUCUGUUUCUCUCUCAUUCGGAACGCCGCCGCAGAAAUUCGAUCUCGUCAUGGAUACCGGAAGUAGCCUUGUCUGGUUUCCCUGCACUUCACGUUACACCUGCUCCAGAUGCAAUUUCCCUAAUGUCGACCCGGAAAAUAUAACCGCUUUCAUGCCCAAAUUAUCAUCAACGGCUAAGGUAAUCGGUUGUAAGAAUCCCAAAUGCGGGCUUAUUUACGGGUCGGAUUCGCUAUCCACUUGUAGGAAUUGCGUCGGUAAUAAUUGCACAGAGAUUUGCCCGCCGUACAUGGUUCAAUAUGGAUCCGGGUCAACAUCCGGAUUACUUUUAUCCGAAACGUUGGAUUUACCCGGGAAAUUGGUUGAAGGUGUUUUAGUCGGUUGCUCAAUUAUUUCAACCCAACAACCGUCGGGUAUUGCCGGGUUCGGUCGUGGGCCAGAAUCUCUUCCGGUUCAAAUGGGUCUCAAGAAAUUCUCGUAUUGUCUCGUUUCCCAUAAUUUCGAUGAUACGGGUCACGGGAGUGAAAUGGUUCUAGUAUCCGGGUCGGGUAAAACCCGUGAUGUGAGCUACACUCCUUUUGUGAACAAUACAAUGGCGUAUUCGUUGAAUCCCGCGUUUUCGAACUAUUACUAUGUCGGCCUCCGAAAGAUUACGGUCGGAGGCCGAAAAGUGAGAAUUCCGUAUCGUUUCCUAGCCCCUGGGGCAGAUGGGAGCGGAGGAACGAUAAUUGACUCGGGCACGACGUUUACAUUCAUGGAACGUGAUGUUCAUGGGCUGGUGGCGGCUGCUUUUGAGAAGGAAAUGGGGAAAUAUAAGAGGGUUUCCGAGGUGGAAGAUCGGUCCGGGUUAAGGCCAUGUUUCGAUGUUUCGAAUGAAACUACGGUUAGUUUUCCGGAAUUGGUGUUUCAUUUUAAAGGAGGAGCCAAAAUGGAGUUUCCUUUGGCCGACUAUUUUUCAUUGGUUGAUGGAAAUGGUGUGAUUUGCAUGACUAUCGUGACCGAUGAUGUUGUUAAGGUUGUUGGAGGGCCGUCGAUUAUAUUGGGUAAUUAUCAGCAACAAAACUUUUACGUGGAGUAUGAUUUAGAGAAUCAACGAUUAGGGUUUCGUAAAAAAACUUGCUAAUUUAAUCGGAGAUUUAACAAGAUGAAGGAGGGAUUGGAGAUUACUUUUGAGAUAACAAAAUGAUGUGUUGUUAAUUGUUUAAUAAUUUAAUGUUAUCAUUGAAAACAAAUUUUACCAUGCAUGA